CCCUGGGAGGGGGGGGCGCUGAUAUGCCAAUAAAGUGCCCAGGUGUGCAAGGGGCGGGGCCUUCUGCAUCUCCCCUGCUAUUAAGCUCGUCCCAGGUGCUGAACACCUGUAUUCCUCUUGCCCUUCUCCUUGGAGAGCCAGCGCUGCAGCCCGCGCACCAUGAGCACCAGUUACCCUCGCCCGGGGAGCCUGAGCUUUAGCAGCCGCUCCCACGGCUCCCUCUCCAACCGGGGCUCUUUGUACCGGGCCAGCCCGGGGAGCUUCCAGCCGGGGCUCUUCCGACUAGGAUCCACUUCCAGCGCCUUCCCCGGCUCUCCCCUCUCCGCCUCGCCCGCUUUCCUUCUCUCCUCGCUGCCCACUUUGGAGAUCGACCCUAAACUGCACCAGAUCCGGACGGAGGAGAAGGAGCAGAUCAAAGGGCUCAACAAUCAGUUCGCCUCCUUCAUCGACAAGGUGCAACCAGGAUGCGCGCGUGGGGCGGGACGUUGCUCUGGGGUGGGGGGUGCGAGAGAGGGGGGGAAAGGGGUGUUGGUGGUGCCUAUUGAAAUGAACAUGCCCAAGUUAGUGUAGACCCAUUGAAACUGAUGGGCCGAGUCAAAUUAAUUUACUACCACUCAGAGAGAUUGCCCCUUUGCGCAGGCAAUGCUGCUCCAAUCAGAGUGGAGAAUACGGAGACGGAAGCAUUUAUGGAAGUUCCAAGUUCGUGCCAACUUGUAUUCAGGUGUUUGAAGUUAUGGGACCCUGUUGUUAACAUCUAUCCUUGUUGUUAUCACUACGCAGACCCCAAACCUCUGCCAGGCACAGUUUCAAUAGAUGUUAACCUAACGCUGGCAAUUACUUGCAAUUACUUCCACUAGAUAAAGUUUGGAACGCACAAAAAAAGGGUCUUUCACACUCAUCCCCAGUGCAUUUAUUUAUUCACAGCGCAACAAAAAGCACAGCUCCAAAGAGCAGAAAAACCAUUAAAAACCAACAACACAAAACUUGAUAAAUUGAUUUCCAUAGGUGCUUCCUUCUAGAGAUGGUGCAAGUCAGAGGAUGCAAAGGAGAUGCUUGAUAGGAGUACCUGUUUUCCCUAAUGGGGCAAGUAAUAGCUUUGGAAAGAUAAGGCUUUAUAUUGGCUGAAGUCUUGUUCCUGAAAAUAAGCUGCAUUGGGAACAGUGUUAUUUCUGAGUAGAUGUGUACAAGAUUGCACUGCAGAUGUUUCAGGGUAAGCUGUUCAAACUCAGGUCUCCCUGAACUGUGAUCCCAGUGUGACGUGGGUUCUCCACACAGCUAGCUUUUAAAAGCUUUAAGGAGAUGGGAGAUAUGAUCACAGAUCUCCAGAGUAUGAUCUACUUUGGCUGUGAGUCAAAUACUGCAUUAUUUGACUAGCAGACUUUUCAAGGCCUCUUUCCAAGAUUAUAAAUUGGCGAUUCCAGGAAUUGGACUUUCAUGGAAAGUAUUACACUCAGUUUAUAUAUAGGGAAUGGAGAGUUAAAUGUAUACCCAAGCCUAGAACACUGAGCUAACACAUGUUCGCAUGACUGUCGCAAUAAAGAUGACCAAAGACUGGUAAGGCAGUGGAGGAAGAAUUUUUCAUCCUUCAAUAAAUAUAUACUGAAAGGGUGUUUGGAAAAACUGUGCCAAAUAUCACACCACCAGACAAAUAUGAUGCUCAUAUCACUAACAAAAGGUUUUCCAACAUCCCAAUUUCCCCAAACUAAGGUGGAGUGUGUGUGUGUGUGUGUGUGUGUGUGCUCAUCUUAAUCAUCCACGUUGUUCAAUCUUCCUGUAAACUGAGGAGUAGUUGAAACUUAAGUUGUUUGCUUAAAAUGAAAGAUCGAGCUCUUUAUUCUGGGACCAGGAAGUAAAACAAGAUCUGAUGUAAUUGUGAAUUGUAGAAUGUGGAUGUGCAGGUUCUAAAAGGAAUAUGGAUCUCAAAACUGACAGUCAGUUUACUAAAGUUCCCCAAGGUGUGAGCUACAGGAAAUUGUGCAAAAGUAUUUCUUUCACACACACACACACACACACACACACACACACACACACACUAUAAAUCGAUUAUUUUAAUCUAAUAUGGAUUCCCCCCCCCAAAAAAAAAAUGUUCUGUACUUUACUGCAAUUCAAUAAGUGUCUACACAGAAGUCGCAAUUAAUUCAAUGGGGCUCAUUUUCAGAUACAGAAUUUCGGCCUCAGUUGUACGUUAGUCUGUGUGUGCAUGUAUGUGUGCCGGGGGAGGGGUUUCUUUUCAAUCUAAUAAAAUAGUGUCUUUAAAAACUAUUUAUUUUGAAACUACAAACCAGCUCUAGGACACACUGCUUAAAUAACGUUAAUGAAUUUUCAGCCCAGAAACUUCCAGUUUCUAACAGGCACGCUGUCCACAGAAACAUUUCACAAAUUUGUUUUAGGUAGCUGCAUACACACCAUACAUUGAAAGCACACAGCUUCCUCCCAAUACUACUGGGAACUGUAGUUUUCCAAGGGUGCUGGUAAUUGUAGCUCUGUGAGAAGCAAACUACAGUACAAUGUUUGGGGGACAUCAUGUGCUUUAGAUGUGUGGUGUGUAAAGGUAAAGGUAAAGGUACCCCUGCCCAUACGGGCCAGUCGUGUCCGACUCUAGGGUUGUGUGCCCAUCUCGCUUAAGAGGCCGGGGGCCAGCGCUGUCCGGAGACAUUUCCGGGUCACGUGGCCAGUGUGACGAAGCUGCUCUGGCGAACCGGCACCAGAGCAGCACACGGAAACGCCGUUUACCUUCCCGCUAGAAAGCGGUCCCUAUUUAUCUACUUGCACUUAAGAGUGCUUUCGAACUGCUAGGUGGGCAGGAGCUGGGACUGAACGACGGGAGCUCACCCCACCGCCGGGAUUCGAACCGCCGACCAUACGAUCGGCAAGUCCUAGGCACUGAGGUUUUACCCACAGCGCCACCCGAGGAGUGGGUGUACACAGCUGUUAUUAGGAGGAUCGCCACACCUGUGAGGGAUGCUGUAUAUGUAUCAAAAUUCCUACAGAACAGCCAAAGAUGCAAAUGCUGCAUUGUGUAGGAGACAAAAUUUAUCCCUCCUACAGAGCAAGCUAUCCUUGCCAACCUUCCCAGCUAUUAAAGAUGCAAUAUGCCUGUCUGUACUCUCCUUAGCCAGUAAACAUCCUACAUGUUCGCUUGUGCUGAGAGACAGUAGCCAUUUGUUGCAUUCAGCAGUCCAAAAUAUGUGAGGGAUCAUUGCAUGACAUGGAUUCACACAAAGCCCACCGUGCAAAUCAAUGCAGACAUUUUGAACACAAAGCAGCCUCCAAAAGCUGCUUCUGAAAUAUCCCUAAGCAUGGUACCUGGAAAAGUGAGCUCUUUGGAUAGGUGUUUGGAGUCCUCAACUAUGGCUCAAUGGAUUGCUUAUUUUACUAAAACUAUGUGUGUUGCAAGACAGUUAAAUGAAAGCUCCAAUCCUACUUCUAACGUAAUGCGUCAUAACAAUGAAACAAAGAGGAUUUGCGCCCCCUGGUGGACAGAUGUGUCAAAUGCUAGUGAUUGGUUUUCCUGAAAUGUUUCACUAAAGAACCACCACUGUUUCAAUUCGUAAAACUAGCUUACUUCACACUCCUGGUACAGAAUCCUGAUUUCGAGGAGUGGGUGCACAGUGAUUUUGCCCCUACUACAUGUCUCUAAAUCUUUCCCCAAAAAGGGGAGACGACAAAGGGGAGGGCACAUUUCCCAGCAAUCCCAAAUCUGAGGAGUUGGGGGCAGAAACUAGAAAUCUCUCCUCAACUGUUUAUGCUAGGGGUUGUCAACCUUGUCUCUACUGCCCACUAGUGGGCAUUUCAGGAUUCUAGGGGGCUCUAUGGCACAAGCUGAAUACUCCUUCCAUCGAGCACUGGUGGAUGGUAAGGAAAUUUUACCAUCAAGAAAGAUGCAAUAGUGGGCAGUAGGUAUAAAAAGGUUGACUACCCCUGAUUUAUGCAGUAUCACAUAGUACUGAAACAUUUUGAAUUAGAAGACUGAAGGCAUUGGUCCUUAUCUAUUUCCUAUGUUCAGGCAUGAGUGCUGUUGCUUAUGUCACCAUAAGGGAGAAGUAACAGCAAACCUAAGUAUGGCUGCCUAAGCCACUCCUGUUUAGUCUCCAUUUGGGGUGCUCUCACCACUGUUUUGGGAAGAAGUAUACACACAACAUGAGCCACAAUCCAUAUCUAUCCUGUUAAAGGUAAAGGGACCCCUGACCGUUAGGUCCAGUCGUGGCCGACUCUGGGGUUGCGCUGCUCAUCUCGCUUUAUUGGCCGAGGGAGCCGGCGUACAGCUUCCGGGUCAUGUGGCCAGCAUGACUAAGCCACUUCUGGUGAACCAGAGCAGCGCACGGAAUUUACCUUCCCACCGGAGCGGUACCUAUUUAUCUACUUGCACUUUGACGUGCUUUUGAACUGCUAGGUUGGCAGGAGCAGGGACCGAACAACGGGAGCUCACCCCGUCGCGGGGAUUCAAACCGCCGACCUUCUGAUCAGCAAGCCCUAGGCUCCGUGGUUUAACCCACAGUGCCACCCGCAUCCAUCUAUCCUGUUGUUCCUUAGUAAAUACUGUGUUUUGAUGCCUCCCCUGCCCCAAACCAGCUUUGAUCCAAAUGGAGGAAAAGCAAUGGUGUGGCCAUGUACACAGCCCAACACUAAAAUGAGACUGACUAGUGUGGCAACACAUCCUCUCUGUCCUGUUUUGCUCUAAAGGAAUUGUAGAAAUGAAGGCAAUGGAGGGUUGGGGCAUCACACAGAAAAUCUACCAUUUCUCAGUCCUGUAAACGAUUUGCGUGUGAGUUAGUUUGUUUCAGUGGAUUAAAAAAAAAAAAGCAAGGAUUUCAGGCAGGAUGCGAUGCGAUGCAAUGAAUGAAAGUAAGUAGUCAUUAGAUUUCCUUCUGAAUUGCCCGCCCUGUGGAAUGCCCUCCCAUCAGGUGUCAAGGAAAUAAACAACUAUCUGGCUUUUAGAAGACAUCUGAAGGCAACCCUGUUUAGGGAAAUUUUUAAUGUCUGAUGUUUUAUUGUAUUUUUAAUAUUUUGUUGGAAGCCGCCCAGAGUGCCUGGGGAAACCUGGCCAGUUGGGUGGGGUAUAAAUAAUAAAUUUUAUUUAUUUAUUAUUAUUAUUAUUAUUAUUAUUGAAAUGCACUGUAUUUCUGAAUGGUCAUCUCAUCGGAAUGAAUCAAACACAGAGCACAUAGUGGGGGUUUUUAGAAACCAGUCACAAAUGGCCAGACAGAAGCAUUGUCUGAGUAACCACUGAAAGGUGUGGUGGGAUUCUGGACCCUGAACAAGGCUGCUCAGGGCUCCCUGCCUCAUAUUAUUUAUUUAUCCAUCCAUCCCCCCAGGUGCGAAAGUUAGAGCAACAGAACAAAAUACUGGAAACACAGCUGAGGCUCCUGAAGGGCAAAGACCAGUACAAAUCCAAUGUGGGGCGCAUCAUGACAGCCCACAGCCAGCCCCUCAAGCAGCAAAUCGAUGCACUGAAACAGGACAAGGUGAAGCUGCAGAAUGAGCUGAACCACAUGCAGGCCUACCUGGAUGAACUGAAAAGCAGGUGGGUUUGCGAGGUGCGAAUGAGAUUUAUUUCAAAUUGAGAUCUUAAUGCCUAGCAAGGCAGGAAGUGGCGACCAGAUACUUGGAAGAGGAGCUACAGAUGCUGUGGAGAAAGGAAAGAAAGCCUGGAGGGCAAGGGGGUUGGAAAACAGGGCAUAAAUACCCUGUUUGCCAAGAUCAAAAAGCAUCUCCUCUCCCUCUCUUUGUAGGUAUGAAGAUGAAAUCAACCGGCGUAACCAACUUGAAAAUGAAUUUGUGCUUACCAAGAAGGUGGGUCUCGGAGGUGGAAAAAUACAUCUACACGUAGAACUUGUAGGGCAUAAGGUUCCAAGGCAGUUCUCCCUGUUCCCUACACCAAGGAUAGCCAGUGGGUGCCCUCAAGGGGUCCAAAUCCCAAGAUAUAUAAGCCUCUUAGCAAAACACUCACCAGCCAAGGGCAGUCUAAACAAACCAAGGUGAAGAACAGGAAUCAGUCUAGGUUCAAACCAUGAUCCAGAGGCCAGGUCCAAGGUCACUGUUCAGCUAAGAUAUAACAUAGCAAGGCAGGGGAACUGGAACCAGGAGCCAGAGACUUGUGCUGUUCCAAUUACCAAAAGGCUCAAGAGGGAGAAUUUAUAUAUUCUGGCCUCCUAGAGCACACCCUAAUCACAGCUGGUGGCAGUGAAGGGAUGUCAGGGAUUUGUUACUCAUGAGGAGAUACCUUACUCACAAGCAAUGGUACCGGCUCAACAGCAGACACAGGGCUCAGGAGCCAUGAUUCAGGAAGUCAAGAGCAGAACAAGAAGUUCAGAAGUGGAUGGAUGCAGUUAGGAUGCUUCCCUGCCCCUCCCGCCAAGCUUUUAAAGACGAGGCAUGCUGCUCUUUCUUGCCUUGUGGAACAUUGAGAUUGCAAGCAUGCACUCCAUCAGGGUAGGUAAGGCUGCUCCCAUUUGUGAAGGCAGUUCCCAGGUGAUAAGACAGCAUGGCUUAAUUAUUAGAGUGUUGGACCUGGGUUCGAAUCAGCACUUGGUCAUGAUGCUCACUGGGUGACCUUGGGCCAGUCACCAUCUCUUAGCCAAACCUACCUCAAAGGGUUGUUGUGAGGAUGAAAUGGGGAGGAGGAGAGCCAUGUAAACCACCUUGGAAGAUAAAGGUGGUGUAUAAAAUGCAAUAAAUAUAAUAAAUAAAUAAAAGACUGCUGUUCAAUCACUGCCAUCUCCUGGUCCACCUUCCCCUGCAUCUUGGCAGAUGCCUCUCCAGAUUCUACUAAGGCUCUCUGCUUUGCAGGAAUGUCAGAGGGGAGAUCUGGCAUCCCUGCUCCCCCUUCCAAAGUGAUUGAAGUUGUUAUAUACUGAGUUGAAUAGGAUCCAAAAGGCAGCAGUCUGAUUGGACCUAGAACAAUAGGAUUUAGAAUGCAGCAGUCUGAUUGGUCCUAGAACAAUAGGACCCAGAAUGCAGCAGUCUGAUUGGUCCACAGGAGCCACCCAAUCCAGCUCCAGAUGGAAGUGAAUCCGCAACCUGAUUGACUUACAGGAGAAUCCCGGAAUUAGCCAAUUACGUGGGGCCCAUUGUGUAAAUAAUGUAUAUAAAGCAGACAUUCUGGGGGAACUUCCAUUCCUCACUACUAUGAGCUGAAUACAGAGCAUGAAAUCCACACUCGACUCCGAGUAUAUUUCAGAAGUCAUGGUGGAAAGGAGAGAUCCCCUCUCCUCCAAGCCAGCUUCCCACAAUUCACCCCUCUGCUCUGUUUCUUCUUCCUCUGUCAGAGCUGCCAACUCAAUCCCACUGCAGGGCUCACGACAGGUGAAUCCUGUUCUGACCCAGGCAUGGGAUCUGCUGACUACUUCUCUCCCGUGACAGGACCUAGAUGACAUCUAUGUGCAGAAAGUGGUUGUUGAGUCGAAGCUAGAGAGCACCUCCAAUGAAAUGAAAUACCUCAACCAGCUCUUUGAAGAGGUGGGUGACACAUGGGAGAAGAGUGGUGGGUGUGUUUGGCAGGGGUGAGUGGGAAGAGGGUGGGAUUAUUGUCCCAUCUUCUGGAUCGAUGGCUCAGAGGAGAUGAGAAGGGCUUGGGCUUUGCUCCAUGAUUAUGUUCUCCAUCUGAGAUGACCUGUCAUCUCAACCUCAUCAACAAUGUCAUUAUUUCUCCCUCUCUCUCUCUCUCUCUCUCUCUCUCUCUCUCUCUCUCUCUCUCCUCAUCACACCCAGGAGACCCGGGAGUUGCAACCUCAGAUCCAAAAUGCAAUGGUCACUGUGGAGAUGGACAAUAACCGGGAGUUGGAGAUGAAGCAUAUAAUUGAUGAGGUGAAGGAGCAGUACCAGGCCAUGGCUGCCAAAAGCCGUGAUGAGACAGAACAGUGGCACAAGAACAAGGCGAGUAGCACAUUUCCAUCACGUGGAAGAGUGUGCAAGCAGUCAUGCAUAACAUAUAUACAUGUUGUUGAACAGAACAUUUUAAAGAGAACUGGCUGGUACCUGGAUGACGCUGUUGACUAAAACCUCCUGGUUCUUCUCUUUACCUUCCAGUGUGAUGACAUAGCAAGACAGACCCAGAAGAACCUUGAGGAUCUGAAGAGAGCCAGAGGGCAGAUUGCUGAGCUGACUCGCUAUGCCCAGCGUCUUAAUGGGGAAAUUGAGGCCCUGAAGAACCAGGUGAGCUGUCUCUGGGCAGAAAAUGAGUCUUAUUUAAACUAUUGGUGAAAGUUGAGAGUUUACACUAACAGGGGAAAUCAGACUGCACUUACAUCCCCUUACACACUCUACCUCUCAUUCCUGAGCCAUUCAACCAUUAUAUGAUUGCAUUUCACAGAUAGGUUAUACCUUAGGUCUGCAGGUAGCCUCAUUCUUCAUAAAGAAGUGGAACAGCUGGAGGGGGGUGAGAAAGGGGUAAUUUGGUCUUGAGGGGGGCAUGCUUCAUGGAUCCACUUCAUGUCUCCAUUCCACAUAGACUGCUAAAUGAAAUGUGUGGCCCAGAAUGCUUUCAGCUGCUUCCAAAGGUCUACAGCCCAAACUGAUUCUUUUUGAUGGGUAACUUAGGGCACUUCCAGAUGACCUGCUAAUUGAGCAUUCAUUCUCAUUGGUUUGCAUAAAGUUUGUGGGGAGGUUAGGUGACAUGGGCUGUUCAUUGAGUACAGUGGUACCUCUGGUUAUGAACUUAAUUUGUUCCAGAGGUCCGUUCUUAACCUGAAAUCGUUCUUAACCUGGGUACCACUUUAGCUUAAUGGGGCCUCCUGCUGCCAGCACACAAUUUCUGUUCUCAUCCUGAGGUAAAGUUCUUAACCCGAGGUACUACUUCCGGGUUAGCGGAGCCUGUAACCCGAAGUGUUGUAACCCGAGGUACCACUGUAUUUAUUAUGAUUUGUUUGCAGGGCACCACGUCAAGCAAUUCCCCCCCACACACUUCUCAGUGCAAAAAGUCCCAUUUUAAUGGGUUUCCUGCACAAGGUACCAAAUCCACUCUAACUGCACAACCUGAAUUUUCCAUCAUGCGAUAGACUCCCACCCACAAAAUAGCAACUUUCUGGGCAUGACCUUAGCAAUUUGUUAUAUUGAAAGAGCUGAAGGAACUGUGGACACUUUGACUGUUUCUCUGUUCAGGUGAGAUUCAUUCACUUGCUGGUCAAUUCAUGUUGUGCAGUUUUAAACAGAUUAGGAGGUCUUGUGCAACAAACCUGCUUCUCCAAAAGAUCAGAGUUUCUGCAAUAAAGAAAAGUGAUGGGGAAAUGCACUGGAAAGCAUAGGGUAACACCUGCUUUGUCAACAUCAUCUAACCUCCCUGCAAACAAAUCAGAACGGACAACUGUAAACAGGUCAUCUGGAAAUGCCCUGUAUCCCCAAACUGAGGAACAGGAGAAGGGCUCGUUUUUGCCAAAGCUUUCUCAGCUCUUCCUUUGCUAUUCAAAUUGGCAGCUGGGGAAAAUAGGACAAGCAGCUGCAGCCAAAUUGGAGCAACCAUGCAGCCCCAAAACAGGCUCUUCCCCAUCACGCUACAAUAAGAGACAGGCCUUGCCCCCAGUUUCCUAUUGUGGGCUUCCCCUGUGGCUUCCCACCAUGGUGUUGGGGCCGUCUCACAGCUCCUCUCUCCUCCUGCCCAGCGAGCCAACCUGGAGAGUGCCGUGGCGCAGGCUGAAGAGCAAGGGGAGCAGGCUGUGCAGAGUGCCAAGGGUGCCAUCCAAGACCUGGAGGAGGCUCUGAGGCGGGCCAAGCACGACAUGGCUGGCAAGGUGCGAGAAUACCAAGAGCUGAUGAAUGUCAAGCUGGCCCUUGACAUAGAAAUUGCCACCUAUCAGAAACUGCUGGAAGGAGAAGAGAACCGGUAAGCAAGGUCCUGUGGGUGGUAAGCAGUGUUAGUCCUGUUCAGAGAAGACUCAUCGAAGCUGAUAGACAUGAGUCCAUUGGAUCCAUUCAUUUCAGUGGGUCUGCUCCGAGUAGGAUUUAGUUGGAUGCAACCCCAAACUUUAGUGGAACUUGCCAUGCAUGGAUGGGGCGGGUGGGAGGUUGGUGAAUUAGUCGCUCUGCACCUGGACAUCUAGGAUUGGCUGUCCUGCGUGACAUCACUAUGCUGUCACAUGGGAAGCUGCCUUCCACAGAGUCAGACUGACAGUCCAUCUAACUCAGUAUUGCCUACACACCAUGGGCCACAAUCAUGGUUUUGGAGGUUGUUUGCACUAAUGGGUGUGUGGCCACCCCACUCUGUUGUUUGGUCUGUGUCUAUCAUGCACACACAAACAUGCGCACACACACACACACACACACACACAUGUUCCUCAGAUGAUCUGUGCAGAUCAGUUGAGGGGGUGCAUUAGCAUCAGCCCCCUCCUUUCAUCAGAUGCACAAACUGAUUACCAGGGAGGAUGCUAUAUUUAACCCUAUCAGGUGUUUUGCUCCACUCAUCCCAGCUUUCUCUCUCUGCAUGUGUGUGUGUAUUUGCCAUUGCCAAAAUCAGCAGGGGGUUGGGAGGUAAAAAAAUAAGUGUGGGGUGGGGGCACUUGAAACACUGAAACACCCUUGUUGUUCCAUCACAUGUUUCCCCCCCUUCUCUCAGGAUGGGUGGCCAGGCUCCAAGUCAGCAGUUCAGUGCUAUAGACAAACUAGGUAAGUAUAUUUCCUACUCUGAUUGAAGCUGUGCAUGAAGUUCCCUAGAAUAGUCCCAAGCCUGUGGUAAAAAUGGGUGCUCAUAAAAUGGAGGCGGCUGGUAACUCCAUCAAUCUCUCCUGCCAUCCUCUGGAUUCUUCUGGUAACGCGGCAGCCCCAUCCUUGCCAAACGGGUUCCCUUUGAGCUUUUCUAGGUUUCCUAAACGACUAAACAACAACAAAAAUUUUGCUAUUGUCAUCAUUGCAUUUUUCUAAUAUUUGUUGAAUAUUUGAUAUAUCCAUUGGAUACUGGAAGACAUUAGAUUUUAGCAUUUGGUAUCUGGCAGUCUGAUACUUAUUACAGUUCUUGAUAGUUGAUUAUGUGUCAUGGCAUUUGGCAUUUGACAGGGAAGACUUUCCACCAAGUGUGUCUGCCAUGAUGUGGACCCAGCUUAGUUAGCUGUUAUCUUGAGGUCUCAGUAUUUAAACUUUUACAUGGUAGGUGAACAGAAAAAGGUAGAAAUAUAUUCUGUGCACACACACACACUACAGAAGGCUCCAGAAUACCUCAGUUUUUCUAAUGCUUGUUUGGCCUGCCUCUUGACCUUAAUACUGAAUGAUGCCCCACAAGAAGCCAGUAUUUCAUGUAAUAUAUUGGGUGCCUCCUAUCAUCUGUAGGGUUCUGCAUCCUCCUUAUAAUUCCACCUCUGCUCAAGACCCUUUGGGUUCCUCAGAAUGGUAUCCUUGCUCAGUCUCCAUUAGUGCUAAAUAUAUUGGUCCCGUUUCUGGUUCUAUGUCUGGGGGUCUCUCUCUCUCUCUCUCUGUGUGUGUGUGUGUAUGUGUGUGUGUGGGUGUCUGCAAAUUCAUGUAGAUCACUCGCUUAGUGCAAAUGGCCAGUUGGCUUUCUGGCUCCCUGACCUGCUGCUAACUUGCUUAAAUGGCGUUUCUAGCGGCCUCUUCUUUCUCAAAUCACUUUGGGGAGUCAAAUCAGGAGUCUCUUGCUUAAAGCCAUCCUUCUUUGAUCUCUUGACCCAGAUUUCUAAAUCCAUCCAUUGCUUAUGCAGCUGGGCUCCUGACACAGGGGAUGGCGCUGCCUGCCCACAACAUGGCACCUGGGGGGACUUCCUUGACCAACAACAACUCACUGAAGAGGCCCUUGCUCAUCAAAACCAUCGAGACCAAGGAUGGGAAGAUCCUCUCUGAGGCCAGUCACUUCUCAGAAAAGUAGCCGAAGCAGAACAAGCCAAAGGGGCAAUCAGGCCCCAGUGCUUAAAAUAA